UUACACCAUCUGGCCUGGAUCUAACAAUAUUCUGCAGGCUACAUAAGGCCUCACUUGGAGCUACUUUAUGAAGCUGAUGGUUAUUGAACCUUGAACAGGUGCGUCAGUAUAGCCUGAGUUCCCCAAAGACGUGCCUCUAUACCAGUAAACAACAAGGAGCCACCUCUACAGAUCCCCACCCAGGACUGGUCCUACCACAAUCCUGCCUCUCCAUGGCACUUUACAACAAGCUUUGUGCAAUAUUAAGGUCCUAUUGAAUGUUUUAAACCUGAUCUUUCUUUUUGGUUUGUUCUGGUGAUCUGCUUCCUCCCGGCUUAUGACUUCCCAUGGGGAGCACCAUCCACCCACACUGCUAAACAAGCUCUGAAUAUGGGUCCUUAUCAAAAGAGUUUUCUCAGGGAUCUGUUUCCAGGCAAGGGUGUCCAACAUGGACUGGGAGACAAGCUGGCACAGAUCUGGACAGGGGAGAACUAGCUUCUCUCGCUGGGUCAGACUCUGUCAGACUUUGAGGAAUACAGGCACACAGAGCUGCAAUGGAUGGAAGGACUGAAGAACAGUUCAAAAUCACGAUUCACAUAGGUCUGUUUUGGACAUGUACGCAUAUGUACAAUACAGCUGUAGAAUAAUUGUUUGGUAAGUGCUAGUUUGGUUGUUUGUGUAAAUUUCCAGGCCACAAAAAGCACAGAACUGUGGAAAAUGGGACACAUACAUUGAUACUACUUUACCCAUAAAAAAAACAAGCUUCUUCAAACCAUGGAAUACUGACCCCCUGAGAUUCGAGCGAUUAAGUCAUUUUACUAUGUUUGUCAGUUAAAUCACUGGAUGAUGUCUGUGGCAUUGAAGUCCAGAAAGUAAGUCAAGACCUAAAAGCAAACAGAGAGAAGGUAGGACUGGGAGUUGAGGGUUGGAGGUCAGAGGCGUGUGGCGGGCGGCGCCGGUGUGGAAUGGCAGAGCACGCCGAGCUGCUGGCUGAGAUGGCCACCGUGGGGCGUCUGAGCGCCGCCGAACGUGUCAAGCAUGCCCAGAAGCGUCGCACCCAGCAGCUGAAAGGCUGGGCCCAGAUGGAGAAGGACACGGCCCGGGGGGGCAAGGGAGGCAAAGGAGACAAGAAGAAGGGGCGCACGCGGCGGGUGGUCUUCCCCAGCAACAUCACCCUGCUGGAGGCCUCCGCCCGCAACGACCUGGAGGAGGUCAGGGAGAUGCUGAACAGUGGAGUCAGCCCAGAUCUUUACAACGAGGAUGGGCUCACUGCCCUGCACCAGCGAGCUCCUGCUGACGGCUGGCUUUGGGAGGAGCCCAGGAGCACCACCCAGCAGAGACACUGCUCUCUUUAUGAGCCACAAACACAGAACCUCCUGUCCAUGUACCAUGGGCAUGCACAUUUACACCUUCUAAAUUGUUGCAUAGAUGACUUUGUGGAGAUGGCCAAGUGCCUGCUGGACGCGGGAGCGAGCGUGAACGCCUGCGACAGUGAGCUGUGGACGCCCCUCCACGCUGCUGCCACCUGUGGACACACGGGGCUAGUGCAGCUCCUAGUGCAGGCCGGAGCCGACCUGCUGGUGGUGAACGCGGACGGAAACAUGCCCUACGACAUCUGUGAGGACGAGGCCACCCUGGAGCUCCUAGAGAUGGUCAUGACGGAGCAGGGUAUAACUCAGGAGCGUAUCUAUGAGGUCCGGGGGGCCAAAGAGAUGGAGAUGCUGAGAGUCUUGCAGGCGCAGGUGGAGGGUGGAUCAGACCUCAACGCCAAGGACGAACACGGAGCUACGCUGCUCCACAUCGCAGCAGCGAAUGGCUACUUGUCAGUGGGAGAGUUGCUGCUGGAGCACAGCAUUGAUGUGGAGCUGAAGGACGCUGAUGGCUGGACUCCCUUGCAUGCUGCCACCUACUGGGGGCAGAUUCAGAUGGUGGAGCUCUUGGUGGCUAACGGGGCCAGCCUCGACAGCAAGACCUCCCUGGAGGAGACGCCGCUGGACCUGUGUGUGGACGAGGAGAUGAGAGCCAAGAUGAUGGAUCUGAAGCACAAACACGACGCCAUCAUGAAGAGCCAGGACCGGCACAAGGGCACCCUGCAGAGACAGGCCUCUAGCACCAGCAGCCGAGGGAAGGUGGUGCGUCGCGUGAGCGUCAACGAGCGCUCCAGCCUGUACCGACGGGAGCACCACAAGGAGGCCAUGGUGUGGCAGGAGAGAGGCCGGCAGCCCGAGCCCCAGGACGAGGACGAGGACAGGCAGACGGACAACGAGCUCAACCAGCACGCCGCCAUGAGCGCUGGAGCAGGGACCACGUCCAGACUGGAGGAGAUGGAGAAGAGGGAGUCCAGCCUGGGGAACGGGGGAACGCCCUUGGCCCUGUCGGCCUCGGUUCCUGGGGAGAUGUGGGCUGGCGGGGGCAUCAUGGAGCGCAGCGCCUCCUACCAGCUCAGCCCCCCCUCCGGGUCAGCGCCCACGUCAGGGGAGGGAGAGGGCUCCGACAGCAUGACCAGGGAGAAGUCCCACCACACCCUAGCGGACCUGAAACGCCAGCGGGCGGCAGCCAAGCUGCACAAGCGCCCGGCGCCCCCGCCACCUCUCACCCCUCCCGCGGAGGAGGAGGCCCCAGCCUCACCCUUUCCAGAGGUGGCAACCCCUGCCCCCAGCGAGGCCCCCAGCCCAGAGGAGCGGGCUAGCCCCAGCGCGGUAUACUUCACCCCGGCAAGUGGAGACCCUCCCCUGCUUAAACUCAAAGCCCCUGAAGAGGACACCUCCAACACCAAGGAGCCCUGCUGCGGCAUCAUGUAGACACACUCACACACUCUCACUUGCUCACUGCCUGUCUCAUUAGGAACAUCCAGGGCGGAGGCGCACGCUCCAAAGUGGCAAAGCAUCUUUCGACAGAUUCUUUGCAAAACGCUUCGUUUGCUUAGGAAUUGAUUCACUCAUACUUUUUAUUUUAUUUUGUAUUCAAGACAUGCCAUUGAAUGUUGUCUCCACAUUUCGGCACUGUGCACUCCUCCCUACAAAGCUCUUAGUGGUGAUGCAACUCACAUUCCCCACAGCCUCUCCCAUGACCGCCCAUCCACUUCCAAUUUGUAGUCAUGUGUACUCAAACUUGAAACAGUGCAUGGCACCUCCAUUGUGGUGCAGAUGUUUGACAUUGUUCAUCACCAUGGCUAGCGUUAAACUCCAACUAUGGGACCGUAUAUGGAAGUUGUGUUAUGAGAAGGCAAACUGUCCUCAUGGAGAUUGCCCCCUAGUGGCUGUGUAUAGCCUUACAUACUCCAGUAUUACUCAAUACACCAUCCUUUAGCCUAUUACCACUGAUCUCUCCAUUCUGCAUUUCAAUCAGAGGUGGUCACAGUUUUCUCGUGAUGGCACGUGUGUUGGAUGGAAAGGCCUUUUGUCUUUAGAAGUUUGCCUUUCAUAUUGGAGGAUCAAGCGAGUGAGAGCUGACGGACCAAAGCUGAUUGUAAGGCCUUUCUUUUGGUCAAAUCUAACUUAAUGAAUGGAUGAUCUUUUCUAUUUUCAGAUUUAUUGACAGUGAUCAGUGAAAUGUAAUGUGACAGAGAUAGUAUAUUUAAGUGAAGGAUUGAGCAUAAAUUAGUCUCAAGAGAUUCUUUAAUGAUUGAUUAAGGGUACUUUAAUAUAACAUCUUUAUUUAUCUUAUUUAUUGUGUUUCAGACUUGCCAGUCUGUGAGCCAGGGUGCAAGAAUUGGGAGUGUUUAUAUGAGAUGACAACUGAUUCUUGUUUGUUGGUCUAAACUUGGUCUAAAUCUGCCUUUUUUCUUGACCAAUAAUGUCCUGAAUUGAUUUUUAUUUUGUUCAUAAUCUAAAGUUCCAGUGCACUUUGAAAAGCCUACAUUUUGAUACUCCUUUCUACGUGGUGCAAUUUGUAAAUGUAAUUUUGUUUUCUAAACGAUUUAAAGAGAUUAUAUUAAAGAAUUAUUUGAAAUUAUAUUGAAAUGCAUUUGAAGAUUGUAAGGAUAAAUCCUUAUUCGUAUUUGCUUUUUAAGCUUUCCACACCUCUAAAUAGUGCUGGAUGUAUAUAUUUACAUCUAUCAAAAACCAUACCUAAUAGCUUGCAUUGUAGCUUGAAAACAGUUGCCUUGAGUCAUCAUAAAAGAGCUGGCCCAUACAGUGCUGCAUCAUCAUCUGGCACAUAUUCAAGGUCCCACAUGGACUUCACAUAGAUGGAUGUGAAGUGAGAUCAAUUCAUUUAUCCACACGUCCUUCCUCAUGCUCCGUAGAGGGUUGUACUUCAUCCCCCAAUAGAUGUCAAUUCAUAACACAUUUUCCAUUUAUUGUUUGCUACAGUCUGUGAUUUGUUUUAAAAAGUUUGUCAUGUUUGCACAGAUUAUUUUUUUUAAUAGAUUUUUGUACAACAUGGGCUUACAGUACUUCUAUGGACGUUGCCACCUAUUUGUAUUUAUUCCGUCCAUUUAAGUAUUUUCAACAGAGGGAGGUUAACACAUGGCCAAAUCCUAACUUGAGAUCCCCACAAACACAUACAAACAGGGAACUUAGGUCAGGGUUUGGUCCAUCAUGUGAAGAUGGUGUCCUGACCCACAGUGGAAAGGAAUCAUGCUGCUCAACAGUCGUUCAAUUUCAUGAAUUCCUCAUGAAAUGAUGUCGUUGCACUGAGGUAAUUCACCAUGUUGUAUCCAUGGAGGAUGGCAUUCAGUGGCUUUUCAGUUCUGACCUUCAAUUUUAGAACCACCUUGAUUACAUGGGAGAAAGUAAACUCUACGACCUCUUGACUUCCCAUACAGUCACCCGCACGUCUGCCCUACAUGUACCUUCCUGGUUCCAAAAGGUAAUUAAUUGUAUAAGAAGUCAAAUGAAAACCUGUGCACUUCCCCCCCACACCUCCUUGUCGUCUCGUGUCAUUGAUGACCUUGGAAAUGUAAAGCCUUUGUAAAUAUUUUUUGAAUAAAUAUAUGAUGUCAAACUGGGAUUUGUUUUUCAAAUGGGAGUUUGGAUUGUGGCUCAAAUGGAUUAGGCGUCGGCUGAGAGCUGGUCAGCAGGGUGCACAAAUGUGAGGAGAGCCGAUACAUGAGGU